AUGGUUCUACCAUAUCUGUCACCGGCAGAUCUGGUCCGGCUUUUCCGAACUAGUAAAGAACUUCUGUCCUAUGCUGAUUUAUUCUGUCGCACAAACCCUCUCCACUUCUACCGCUGUGGCACAAACACCGCCGGUACUGAAGAAGGCAAGAGGGUUCUGAUGAUCGCUCUCUCGACGUGGACUCGAUUGGAUGAGUUGAAUAGAAGAUGGGAGAUUGUCAGGCGCGCAGCGGACAUCGCCAGGUUGGUUCCUCUGCUGGCUAAACAGCUCCCAUCGAUCCCGACGCUUGAUCCGGGGGCUCCUCUCCGGGCAGUCAGCCAUUCGUUCGGUUUGUGUGAGAGUUUCGUGGAUAUUCCGGAUCACGCCGAGACGAUCGAAGUUUGCAAUAUUACACUAGACGGCAAAUAUUACGUUUGUGGGAUUGGUUUUAUUUCGAAGGAAUCUAGCGUAUUCUGCGGCCAGAGGACUGAACACGUCCAGACAGUGAAUAUUUCCAGACCGACAGACAAGAUCGAGAUGGCAGUGGAUGCUCUGGGCGUUCGGAGUAUCAAGUAUGGCAGUUCAUUGUGGCUUGGUGACCCUUCCGUCACACGCUGUUGGCGGGGGCUCAGCCUGAGAGAGACGCAUCGAAAGAUCCGGAUUGUUCGUGAUGCAUUGAAAUUUCGAGACCUGAGCUGGGACCGCGAGACCGCUUCUUCUUUUGAAGAGACUCUUCUGAUCAAAGAGAGUAUCCCAUCGCUAUGGCGCCACCGGCUCUUUACCGAGGAGUAUUACGCGCAGUCCUACCCUGAACGGGAGAGGGAAUUGGUGAAUCUAUUUGGUCGAAUCCCCGUCGAAGCCGUGUCAUUUGAUCGAGACCUCCACGCCAUCAGGAUCCACGGCAUUAACGGCUCGAGCGGGAUCGACGGACUAUCCAUCCAGACCGAAUCGGGGACGUAUUCUGUCGGUGCCUGUCAUCGUGCUCCAGCAUCCAUGACAUUGGAUGCACCGCAUGAGAGUCUUGCUGAGAUCGAUGUGCGAACAGCUUGUCUUUACUCUCUUGCCGUAACAGUACGCAUCUGGCAUUUUGCUUCGGUUGAAUGUACCGAUCUGACUUGGCUCUGUAGUUCCGAACCAACUACAACCGCGAAUUAUCCUCCGAAGCCAAUGGGCUUCCAGGACCAGAUGAUUGCCAUGAUAUACGAACCCUCCGACCACCUCCAGGAUCUCGCAUUGCGGGGAUAUACUUUCGACUCGAAGGACAAAGAUUCCGCUCCAUCGGGUUGA